CGAGGUCAAGCCCAGGAGCCGGGAGCUCGGCAAGCAGCCGGAAGGCGGGAAGCGCCGCCCCCACCCAGCAGCGCGGACGCGGCGCUUUCGCCGGGAUCGGGGAAGCGGCUGCUCCCGCUCCCUCACGGCUCUGGCGGCUUCGGGUGCCCCCCUUGCCCGGCGGGAGCGGCCCGGGAAGGUGAAGCAGGCGGCUGGGAAGCGCUACUGAAGCCGAGGCGGCAGCACAGGGGCAAAGCUUAGGGGCGCCCUCGCUCCCUCAGCUCCUCCCUCAGCUGCAGCGGCGGCCUCGCGCCUCGGCCGCGCCCCUCACAAAGGGCGGGAAGGGCCGAGAGGGGCCGGCCCCGGCUCCGAGGGACCGGCGGGCUGAGGGGGGAGCGCUGCUCGGCUCUCGGAGGCCAUCGCCUCAGGGCAGCCGGCACUUCCUCGGCUCCUCCAGCUUCGUGAACCCUUAGGGGCGCUCCGCCUGUCCGCGGGUGUGAGCGCUGAGGAACCCUCCACAGCAGGACCAGGGCAGCAGGUGCAGGUCGGUCGGAAAUUGCGAGCAGCACUGGCUGCUUUGAGGGUGCGGCAAUGUUCGCCUUCGACCCCGCACCUGAGAAGAUUUUGCUCCCCGAGGUUCUCAGACAGCCAGUUUCAAAGGAUCUCUCCGAGCCAGUGAUUGCAAGGCUGAAUCCUCCACCUUGUAUGAUUUCAUCACCAGGGGUGAUGAAAAAUCCAGGACAUUUUCUUUCUGAAGGAGCUGACACCACCACAUUUUCAGCCUUUCCCUCGCAGAAUGACCUGGAUUUGAUUAAAAGAUACAAACAGGGAGUAAUAAACUCAGUGUCUGCCUUGCAUCUGUUUGCCAAAACACACCACCUGCAGCUUGCAUUGAAGGAAACCAGCGUGGCAGGCGACGUCAUAAGGCCUUACUUUGCCUUUUGUGCUGUGAUAAAUGGUGUUUGCUACAAGACUGGGCUGGGAAGGAACAAGAAGGAAUCUAAAUUAAAUGCAGCUAAACUGGCUCUUGCUGAGCUACUCAACCUGGAGAAUACAGGGGCAAAGUCUUUUGAAGAUUCAGCUUUUUCCUGUGUUCCUGCUGAGCCUCGACCUCCAGGAAACUCUGCUUGUGUUUCAAGAACUGGAGGAGAACAUAUCUAUCAAAAGCUCUCACAAAUGCUGGAGGAAGUGUUCAACCGCCUGACCAGCCAACACCCCGAGUACCAAAGCUGUGGCAGCUCCCUGGCUGCCUUCAUCAUUGAGAAGGGGGGGCAGCACGAGGUGGUGGCUCUGGGGACGGGAGAAUGCAACUACAGCCGGCGCGUGGAGUCCUGCGGGCGGCUCCUGCACGACAGCCAUGCCAUCGUCACUGCCAGGCGUUCCCUGCUCAGAUACUUGUACAGGCACCUUUUGCUGUUCUAUAACAAAAAUCCAGCCAAGGCAGAUAGAUCCAUAUUUUGCACAGCACCAGGCUCGAAGCUGCUUACCUUAAAGCAGAACAUAACUCUGUCUCUCUACAUGAACCAACUUCCAAAAGGAACUGCUCAGUUAAAAUCAGAGGUGCAUCUGGGUCCCCAGUCCAUCUCUGCUUACGAAGCCAGCGAAGAGCUGAGUCUGCACGUUGCCCUGGAAGGCAGGAUUUACCUGGCUGUCUGCUGUCCCCCCAAGACUGUCAGAGUGAGCAGCAUGUCAGCUGGGGACAAACUCACCAAGUGGGAGGUGGUUGGUCUUCAGGGAGCCUUGCUGAGCCACUUCAUCGAACCCGUGUACAUCAGCAACAUUCUUGUGGGAAAUGGAAGUUGUAAGGACACAAAAGGACUGGACAUAACCAUAAAGCAGCGUCUUGAUGAUGAACUCAUUUCGAAGCUUCCUGUGCAUUACCUGGUCAACAGAUCUCACAUUUACUUGGUGAAAGCUGCACUGCCAAUCCAAACAGAUUUGAACCAGUGGUCGCUUAGUUUGAAUUGGACAUUGUCAGAUGCAUCCUUGGAGGUUGUGGAUGGAUUAAGUGGGAAAACCACUGAAAGCUCCCCGUUCCGCAGCGGCACCUGCCUGGCCAGCCGCCUCUGCAAGGCCGCCAUGUUCAGCCGCUUCAGGAUGCUCGCCAGGGAAGCAGGACGGGCUGACCUGCUCCAGUUUCCAACGUACCAUGAGGCAAAGAUUAAAUCUCAGUUGUACCAAGAAGCUAAGAGCUUGCUGCAGAGCUACCUAGAGCAGCACAGUUACGGAUCGUGGAUUGUGAAGUCUCCGCAUAUUGAACAGUUCAGUGAUUGAUGGAGGUGGAUUAAAUGUCAAGUUGGUUUGAAUGAUCUGUUUCCGUAAAUAGAGUUCUGAGUAGUAAAAUGUUCAGCUUUCAAGUUGGUAGUUACAGGAAGAAAACAAUUCCAGAACUGCUUCUUGUCAGUUUAAAUGCAGUUAUUAAACUACCUGUAGUAGUUCAGUCUUUUCCCAAAAUUGAUGUUUGCUCAUAGGUGGGAGUAUCCAACAGCUUUGUAAAACUUUGUUCUGCUUUGCCCCCCGGUGCCACCUCAUUUCCUCUCACUGACCCUGACUCCUACAAAUCCCCACCCUGUGGAAUUAACAUGGUUUUUUCCUGAUAGUUUCAGGAUUUCUGUACAUUGAUUUCUUCUUUUUCCUCCCUUUCUCAUAACUUUAGAAAAGAAAAAAAAACAGUAAAAGCUUGAUUUCUUUAGAAAAAAGGCAUGCUAAUAUGAGAGUCUUCCAGGAAAAAAAAACACAUGGACAAUCUGUGCUUAUCUGUAGGCAUUCGUCCUUUGCUGGGAGUUUUGUUUAGUGUCAGUCUGCCAGCUGGCUUAUGGCUUAUGUUGUUUGUGCUAGAAGAGUUAAAUAAUAAUUUUUGUCCUUCCAAA